CGGUCUGCGCAGAGUUAUUCCCAGAGCGCGGCGCGCGGCGAGGGCGGGGGCGAGCGGGCGCCGUGCUCAGUGUGUCGGCGCGCGCCGCCGCCGCCAUGGGCAACCAGCACUCCGCCUCACACUACGUCCACAAGCCCAGCAAGAACGUGCGCUGGAAGACCGCAGGACGACCUGCAACGCCAGGGAAGCCGGAUAUAAUACCGAUACUGUCACCGGAUGAGGAGCCAAACUCGAUUACGCUGCGCUGGGCGCCGGCGGCCCACGAUGGAGGUGCGCCCUUGCUCGGCUACCAGGUGGAGUGCAACAGGCUCGGGGCUCCGGACUGGAUCCGCACCGCGCCGCCGGUAGUGCUGCGGCCCGAGCUCGUGCUAACCGGGCUCGAGCCACCCCAUCGGUACCAGUUUCGAGUCGCAGCGCUCAAUGCAGUCGGACGCUCCGAUUACAGCGACCUCUCCGAUGUGCUCACCGUCAGCUCUGACCGCCUUCCUCAUGAGCCGCCAAUAUUUCUUCAACAUCUAGAAGAUUUGACCGUACUCGAAAACGACAAAACAGAAUUCCGUGUCGCUUUCACGGGUAUGCCACCGCCUACAAUAGCAUGGUUCAAGGAUGAUUAUGAAAUAUUUAGUAGCAGAAGGACGGCGAUCACUACAAGUGAAUCUACGAGUGUUCUUGUUUUCCAUCAAACAUUACCGAGCGACGAAGGAGAAAUUAAAUGCACGGCAACAAAUCGUAGCGGACAUGCAGUUACUAAAGCUCGAUUAUCCUUAGAAGCUGCUCCGAAGUUACGCUACCCUCGUCAAUACGAGGACGGCUUGUUAUACGAAAUUAACGAAACCGUUUUCCUGAAAACUACAAUAGUUGGAAAACCGACACCAACUGUAGAAUGGCGACACGAUGGCCAGCCUAUAGUGGUAGACGAUCGCGUGGAGAUCUCGAAUACUUCGAAAUUUUCAGUUCUCAAAAUCCACUCGGCACGAAGAAGCGACCGUGGGGAAUAUCAAAUUCACGCGAAAAACAGAAUCGGAGAAGACACUGCUGCCUUCUUAGUGACGAUUACAGCUCCACCAGAUCCUCCGCAGCAUGUCUCCGUGGCUAGACAAGUAGACAAGUCCGUCACUCUGGACUGGGAGCCGCCCGAGGACGAUGGUGGCUGUCGCAUUGGCAACUACGUAGUGGAGUAUUACAGGAACGGCUGGAACGUGUGGCUGAAGGCAACCACCAGCCGUAAAACAAACGUAACUUUGUUCGAUCUCAUCGAAGGAAGUGAAUACCGCUUUAGAGUAAAAGCAGAAAGUCCAUAUGGAAUGAGCGCGCCUAGUGUGGAGUCCGCGCCAGUGAAGAUACCUGGGCGGCCGGUCGACAUGGAGUUCCUGGCAGUAGAGUCAAAGAUAAUAAACCAAGUGCUUACUCGAGAGGACGGCGGCGGCGACGCGCGCGUGUCUCCAGCGCCGCGCCGGAAGCGCGCACAGACCGCCCCUGUGGAGCCGCAGCCGCCACAGCGGGUGCCGCGGCGCUCGCCCGCCAGGAGCCAGUCCGGCGGCAGCAACGAGUUCAUGCUGGUACUCUACCCGGAUUCACAAAAACAGAUGGAAAAAUCCGAAAAAAGACAAUCCAUUCAACUGGAUCUUGAUGAGCUGUCACCACCUCCACUCUCGUUCUCCGCACCGGAGCUGAGCUCACGAUGUAUGAUGCCCUUCAAAGCACUACGCAAUGCUGUAAGCUCAUCGCAACUGCUGCAUGAAUUAGCCAUGGCUCGAGUCCACAAAGCCGUGGCAAUGAAAGAGGAACAAACUAAAACCAAAGACGACAGACCCCCUAAUCACAAAACUGACAUUCCGUAUAAUACUAGCUAUGAUCACGACAAAGAUAAAAAUAAUCGGGAUUUGCCAAAAUCGCACGAAGACUUCUCUGAAACAAAAUCUAAGAACCCAGAAAUAAUAAUAAAAACGGAAUCUGUUGACUCCACUGAUAACAAGUUUAGCUCACGUCAAGUUUCUCUGGAUUCAGAAGUAUCCGAAAAUAAAUGGCAACACAUGUCUUUUGAUGAAGACUAUACUGCUAGCACCGUAUCUUCCGAUGGAGAGUAUUCAGAAGAUGGAAGUCUUGAUGGUGAUAUAGAUAGACGAAGUCAAUAUUCCAACGAAGAGGAAACAUAUAACCCUCGAGAUAAAAUGGCCCGUCCUUCCCCUUCCAAAGAAUUUAUUGAAGAGGAGGAAGAAGAGAUUUCUGAACACGAACCUGUAAAGCUUUUACCUUUACCCGACCCUAAUUUUAUACCAAAACCUAUAUUAAAAAAGAGAGAGCCAGACGUAAUUGAAACAAAACCACUUCUUGAACUUCCAAAAUUGGAAAAUAAACAAAAAACAAAGGAGAAACCUAAACUAACAGAAAAACCUAAAAUAGUAGAAAAACUUAAAACCUCAGAAAAACUAAAAUCCGAAAAUAAAGCAAAGUCUGUGGAAAACUCGAAAGAAAUUGAAAAACCAAAGAAUGAUGAAAAAAUUACUAUAUUCAAAAAAAUUACCAAGACGAAAUUUCCUAAACUACUGCACAAAAAGGAACCAGAGAAACCCAAAGAAGAAAGCAUGCCCAACGAUAAAGGCAAAACUAAUAGCAAAACAGAAAAAGUACUAGAUAAAGUAAGUGAAGAAGGACGGACAGUAAUUGAUUACUACGGUAGUAUAGUUAAGGAAUAUGGCAGCCAUAAGAAGUCAUCCACCCCCAUGUAUCUUAAAACCGAGGACUUAAAAGCUGUGGCAGAAAAACAACAGCUUGAAAUCCAACCUGAAAAUGGGGAAGAAAAUAAAGUAAUGAAAACAAAAAAAGUAGUCAAUAAAACAAAUAACAGUAAAGUUACAGCUUUGAAGGGAAAACCUGCCAGUCCUAUUAACAAUAAGCCAAUGAAGACAAAAGUGAUGCCCACUGUAGAGAAAAAACAAACAGAAAAGAAGCCUAAAGCAACAGUUUCCACUACAGCAGAAAGCAAUAUGCAGACCACAACACAACAAGUAGUGCUGAGAAAAGCAGAACGAGCCACUAUCGUUAUCCCGAUAAAUUACCAAGAGCUUGAAAAGAAAGCUAUGAUGAACGUGAGGUCAGCCAUUGAUUAUACAGUGGAUGUUUGCCUUCUUCUACUAGCUUUUUGGGUAUACUUCUUCAAAGACGAGAGGCUAGCCAUUCCCUUCCUCAUUCUCAUCAUAUACCGGCAGUUACAAGAAACACUCUUGCUGAAUAUUCCCGAGUGGUAUGAACGUCACACUCCCAGCUGGCUCAAGAAGAAGACUUCUUGACCUCUCCCAAAAGACAUGUUGUGCGCUAAUCUGAUUGUGAGCAAUGUAUGGUGUGUGAUAUUGUAAACAUAUUUGUUGUAUUAAUAAUUAAAUUUACACAUUACUUCUAAUAUACUAUACUUAAAUUAUAUUAAAAACUCAUACUAAAAAAUAAGUUACCAAAAACUAGUUGGCACAGAUUUCACAAUUAUCAAAAUUUUCCAAAAAAAUAUUAACAAAAUUAAAAUGUUGUUUUUACGGCUCAGAACUAGUUUCCAACAUAAAAGUGUUCGUCUCAUAUCUCAUUUCAAACACCGGAUUACAGACUGCGUGCCGCUUGUACCGCCACGAAAAGUGCGGUCUAAAGAAACUUGUAACCGUCGUCAUAAAGGGCUCGUCUUAGGUGUAUAUUUCAAUGAAAACGUCUUGAGAGAUCCUGCAGUACUGACUGCAAGCGCACGGAAAUAUAACGAACAAGUUUGUGGAAGGUUGUGGUCCUUGUUGAAUCUUGGUCCCAUACCAAGGCUUGGCGAGGCUAGAGUGUUUUACGACUUGGACCCACAUUACACUUUUGUCGCAGUAGCUGGUCUUGGCAGCGAAUGUGCCAAUUACAACAAACUAGAACGACUGGAUGAAACUAAAGAAGCUAUAAGAAUUGCUGCUGGUGUUGGUGCUAUGGCGGUUCAAAAGCUGAAUCCUAAAGAAAUAGAUAUUGAAUCCUUUGGAAACGCUGAGGCUGCUGCUGAAGGGGCAGAACUCGCAGUCUGGCAGUUUAAUGAAUAUAAAACUGCUUCUAUAAAUAAACUAAUGCCUAUGAAACCAAUUCUAAACCUUUACGAUGAUUGUGACAUAGAUGGAUGGAAAAUCGGUUACUUAAAAGCAGAAGCCCAAAACCUGGCCAGACACUUACAAGAAAUGCCUGCUAAUAUCUUACAUCCCACCAAGUUUGCUAAAAUAGCUCUUGAUCUUUUAUGUGACUUGAAUAUAAAUGUAGAGAUAAGAACGAAGGGGUGGGCAGCUAAUCACCGAAUGGGUGGAUUCGUAUCAGUUGGGAAAUCGUCAAUACAAGCACCGCUGUAUUUAGAGAUCAGCUAUUACGGGGCUAACGAACAGACUCGCCCUGUGGUUAUGAUAGGCAAAGGUGUUACGUUUGACAGUGGAAGUUUAGAUUUGAAAUCUUGUAAAGAAUUAAAGUACAUGAAAGGUGACAUGGCUGGAGCAGCUUGUGUACUGGCCAUCACGAGGGCUGCAGCCAAAUUGAAGCUCCCCGUUAACAUCAAAGGUAUUUUGCCACUCUGCGAACUGAUGCCCAACGGAAGUAGUCCGAAAUUCGGUGAUCUCAUCUGUAGUUCAAACAAUAAAUCUAUUCUAAUAAGAAUGCCAUCUCGAGAAGGACGUUUACUCAUUGCAGACAGUUUAAUAUAUGCUCGAAACCUCUGGCCCAAGUUUAUCAUAGAUAUAGGCACCAUGUCCAACGAAGUAUUACACUACCUAGGUGGGGCAGCGAGCGCCUGUUACUCAAAUUCUGAAGACUUAUACCAUUACCUGGAGCUAGCCAGUGCUCACACUGGGGACAGGGUCUGGAGAAUGCCGCUGUGGAAGUUUUAUUGCGACCGAGUGAAGGACUGCGAUAUUGCAGACGUAGCGAACACAGGACGCGAGGAGUACGGGGAUUCUGCCAACUGUGCCGCCUUCCUCAGGCAGUUUGUGGUGGACACCCAGUGGGUGCACCUCGACACGCACAACGUGGCCUACACGAAGGGGGUCGACACCCCGUACCUGCUGCGUGGUAUGACCGGCCGACCGACCAGGACCGUCAUCGAGUUGUUACACCAGAUGAUAGCAGCCUCCAAAUUAUAAAGAAUUAUAAUUAAUCGCUUGUAGAUAACAGAUUGUGUAGUCAUUCGUGCGUAAGCUAUACUUUUUGAUUAUUAUCAUAUUUGGCAAAUAAUAAACCCUUUAACAUAUAA